GAGAGUGAGACAAUAUGGAUAAUCCUCUUAACGCCUGCAGGUAUUAGGUAUUAUGCUGAUCCAUUGUGAAGACGUGUCCCGCGUCCUACAUAAACCACUUGUGUUCGGACUCACCUCAGCUUCGCUUCCCAUUGUGAUACAUCGCUGACACUUCUUUGGGAUGUGAAGUGAAACAUGCCAAGGAGGUUUGGGGUCGCCCCCAGUCUUUAGGGGAGAGAGCUGGCACGUCCCACUGUCCCUUAAUGCAUCUUAAUCUAAUAUAGCCUGCAGCAUCUUUGGAGGGCCAUGCAUUGCCUGAGAAGGAAGCGGCUGCAGUUGAGGCGAGUCUUGUUCCUCCUCACUGGCGUCUUCAUGUGCAUCCUGUACCAGCUGACCAUCAGCGCCAGACGCCUAGAGACUUUGCCUCUGCCGCAGUUUAGAGACGCUUUCACCGAGGGCUCGGCCGCUUGGGUGGAGGAUGUUGCAGGCGAGAGUGGAGAAAAGAGCUCCAUGGUACAAUCGGAGGUGAGAAAUGAAACGACACCAGAACCUCACCCGGUGACCAGGUCUCCCAACACAACUGAUACAGCUGAAACACCACCUGGAGCCACCACUAAUAGAACUAUUGUGCACUGCAUCUUCGUGCCCCCUGACCCCAAGGAGGAGCCCCCCAACACGCCAUGGCCUCCUACUGACGCUCCUCACGUUAAGGGAGAGUACCCUGAAGAUCUUUUCUCAGUGGAGGAGCGCCGGCAAGGCUGGGUGGUCCUCCACAUCCUUGGCAUGGUCUACAUGUUUGUGUCCCUGGCUAUCGUGUGCGACGAGUUCUUCGUCCCCGCUUUGGGCGUCAUCAUAGACAAGUUGGCCAUCUCUGAUGAUGUCGCAGGAGCCACUUUCAUGGCGGCGGGAGGUUCUGCCCCCGAGCUUUUCACUUCCUUCAUCGGCGUAUUCAUCGCCCACAGCAACGUGGGUAUCGGGACUAUCGUGGGCUCGGCGGUUUUCAACAUCCUGUUUGUGAUCGGGAUGUGCGCUUUGUUUUCCCGGGAGGUUCUUUGUCUCACGUGGUGGCCUCUGUUCAGAGAUGUUUCCUUCUACAUCCUGGACCUCAUCUUGCUCAUCAUCUUCUUCCUGGAUAACGUCAUCAUGUGGUGGGAGAGCAUGGCGCUGGUGGCCAGCUACACCUUGUAUGUCAUCUUUAUGAAGUUCAACGCCCAAAUAGAACACCUUUUCAAGACCCAGCUUUACAAACACAAGAACAUUGUCCGAAUUAUCACUGAAGAGGAACCUAAGGCGACAAAUGGAGACGGUGAGGAAAAGUCCCCUCCUUCGCCAGAAGACAAGAAUUGGUUGAAGUUGAAGCCAGCUCUUCAACGCGGUGGAAGUUCGGCGUCUUUGCACAACAGCACCAUGAGGAACACCAUCUUUCAACUGAUGAUCCACACCUUAGACCCCCUGGGAGAAGGGAAAUUCAAGGACAAGGCCCAGAGUCUAAAUAAUGUUGUAAGACGGAAGACUGGCGACAAAAUGUCAUCAACAAGUGAAGAUGAAGAUGAAGAUGAAGAUGAAGACAAGCAGCAGCAGACUAAAGCUGCUCCAGAGAGCGAGAAGAAGAAGGAGAAGCCAGAAGACAAGAAGGUACUCUCAGUGUCCAAGCAUGUGAUGGUGCCUGACAAAAAGCCCAGAAGUCAGUCUUUGAUUCCUUUCUAUGAGGACCAGCCUGCAGGAGAGGAAGAGUCUGCGGAGGACGGCGAUGAAGACCACAGCGAUGAAGACAGCGAUGAUUCCAGUGAAGAUGACAACGAGGAUGAGCCUUUGUCUUUAGAGUGGCCUGAAAGUCCACGUAAACAAAUCACUUAUCUCAUCCUGCUGCCCAUCGUCUUCCCUCUCUGGCUCACUGUUCCCGAUGUCCGCAAGCAGACUUCCAGGAAUUAUUUUGCGGCCACCUUCCUGGGCUCCAUUCUGUGGAUCGGCAUCUUCUCCUACCUCAUGGUGUGGUGGGCCCAUCAGGUUGGUGAGACCAUCGGCAUCUCCGAGGAGAUUAUGGGCUUGACUAUCCUGGCUGCAGGGACGUCCAUCCCUGACCUCAUCACCAGUGUCAUCGUGGCCCGUAAAGGCCUUGGUGACAUGGCCGUGUCCAGCUCUGUGGGCAGUAACAUCUUCGACAUCACUGUGGGUCUGCCGGUGCCGUGGCUCCUCUACUCGGCCAUCCACGGUCUGGUCCCCGUGGCCGUCAGCAGCAACGGGCUCUUCUGCGCCAUCGUGCUGCUCUUCCUCAUGCUCCUCUUCGUCAUUAUCUCCAUCGCGUGCUGCAAGUGGAAGAUGAACAAGGCUCUGGGCUUCACCAUGUUCCUGCUCUACUUCAUCUUCCUGGUGCUCAGCGUCAUGCUGGAGGACCGCGUCAUCAUCUGUCCUGUUUCCAUCUGAAGGGGGGACACCACACUAAUCACAUCAAAACCAUGCAUAGGGAUGAUGUUUGAUAAGAAAUGAUCGAGUUCGAGCCCAUUAUGGAAUCCUCUUAUCGAACCGAUUCCUUAUCGAAUCCAGAUAGGUUGUUGUAUAUGGAAAAAAACACAAUAUUUGGUUUAACAAAAGCUCACUUUUAUUUUAUAAGAAAAAACUAAAAUAAAAUACAAUAAAUAAAUAUUGGCUGUUGUUACCCAAAGUAUAUUAAGUGGUAUUUUUCAGAAAAACAAAUAUAUACAGUAACACAAAAACAACCUGUCUCUGUGAUCACUUAUAGGUGUAUAAAUAAUUAAAGCUGCAAGCAGCGUUGGUCGGGCCCGCGUAUUUGGCAGGUGCUAGUCCUAAGUGUCCCAAUACUUUUGUCUACUUUUAGUCUGAAGUGUCCCAAGACU